GGACCCGUGGGGCACCGUUUGGUUCAACGGUGGCCAUGCCACAGCCCACGAUCCGAUCACGCCCCAUAGCUGCAAGGUGGAGCAUGGCCUGAUCGCCAACUUCCCCCAGGCGCGCGACGACGGCGACGUUCCUAGCUUCCAGCAGAUCAGGUCGGUCCUUGCGCGCGAGAGCGUCACAAAGGCCAUGGGCAGCGACCGUGAUCAGACGCUCGUCGACAGGGUCCCUAGUCCUGCGAACCCGCGCCACCACGCGCGCUUCGAUUGCCGCGGCGGCAAGGUGCACGCGGGUGCGGACCAUUGGUGCAAGCCAGGCACGGCGAGCUUGAAGGCCACGGCCGUGCAUUGGGCCAUGGAAGCGGAGCUCGCGAAGCACAAGGGCAAGGCGGUCGUGCAGAGCGUGAACUCCAUGGAUAUACACCAAGCCUUCUUGAUGGGCGAGCGCAUGGAAUCGGCGGCCGACUUCGCGAUUGCCCUCGGCCGCGACAACAAUAUCACGCACGUUUGCCUGCACUGUAUGACGGCCCCUCUCAAGCCGAAGGCGCUGCCUCAGCGCGCGCUGCCAGGGCAUGAGGGUGAGUCGGGGGGCACCGCCAGAG